AUGUCCGAUCAGCGACGAGACCGUCGACCCAAUACCCGUCGCGACUGGGACGCCCCCGACCGGCGCGACGACGGACCUCGUGGUGGUGGCGGCGGCGGCGGCCGACGCAGCAACUACCGUUCGAGGUCGCGAGACCGCGGCGGGCGCGCCGACGACCGCUCCCGCUCCCCCGAUCGUCGCAACAACUACCGCGAGCACGGAGAACGCGAUGCCGACGGUCGUGGUGGUCGUGGCCGAGGAGGACGAGGCGGACGUGGAGGAGGAGGCGGUCGUGGAGGAGGAGGCGGCGACGGCAGACGAGACGGCGACUACAGAUCACGGCGUAACGACGACUACCGCCGCCGAGACUACGACAAUGACGACGACGGCUACAAUCGUAGAGGAGGAGGCCGCGACCGCCGGCGACGCUCCCCCUCACGCAGCCGCAGCCCGCCUCGAGGUCCCCGCGGCCGCCCCGACGAAAACGACGACGGCGACCGCAUGGACCGGGACCCCACGCCCCCUCCCGCCAAGAGCAAGAAGACGGUGCCGGUGACGGCCGGCGAGGACGGCGAAGACGACGACGACGAGAUGGCCGCCAUGCAGGCCAUGAUGGGCUUCGGCGGCUUCGGCACCACAAAGGACAAGCGCGUCGCCGGCAACAACGUCGGCGCCGUGCGCAAGGAGAAGAAGACCGAGUACAGGCAGUACAUGAACCGACUCGGCGGCUUCAACCGGGCGCUGAGUCCGACCCGCGAUUGA